CACAAUUAGCCUCCUAAAUAUCAGAAAACACGUCUUUCUCGGGAGGGAUUAACUCGCGUGACUCCUCCAACGUCAAGUUUUGCGGUUGUCAAGGUAACCAACCCCGACCCCCUCCCAGCCUGUUGGCCGUCUUCCAGUGAAGCAGCACCGGGUCUGUUGACAGUGGAGCCCGUUGAGUCGACGGAUCUGUACGGAACAGUAUGAGGAACUGCACCCAGAAAGAUCUCCUCUUCCUCAAGACUGAAGAGUGACCGACCGGUCUUCCUCAUCUCUGCCUUCUGGACCUUUUUUAUUCCCGCUUUAUCGCCAUGACCUGCAACCCGUAGCCUUGUGGAGCCAUGGCUUUGAACGCGGACCUCACUGCGGAGCCAGACCAAUAAGGAAAGGGGCGAGGCAUUCCUGUGCCCGGCUGAGGUCAAAGGUCAGAGAGGCGAAUGGAGACGAGAAAGAAAACCACGGCGGGGACUCUUUUGUGGACCCUCGCCCCGGUGCGUACCUCGCCCGCCAGCUCGGCGAUCUACGAGGACGCGUGGGACGACGAGGACGAGGAUGAAGAAGAGGCGGAGAGAGACGACGACUUCGCCGGCCACAUGGACGAGAACGGCGUCAUCGGACUGGCGGACGCGCUGGAGGAUUUGGAGAUGCCGGCAUCUCGCGGUUCGGAUUCGGAAAGUAGUCCGAACAUGCGCCCCGGACCCAUCGGCGCCUCUCACGCUCUCACAGCCCUCACCUUCCCCCACCUCGUCCACUUCACGGCGGAGGAAAUAGCCGCCGGCGGUCCUGGUAUUGACGCUGAAAGCCUUCCGGAGAUGAGCUUCACCGAAAGUCCUCCAGAGUCGCACCGGAGCCACGCGAGGUCCAGUUCUCGUCAGCCAGCAGCCGCGUUUUCUGAAGACGGCGCGUCGGAGCAUUACAGCGGAGUAAAUAAGGCUUCUCUUCAGCCAGGUAAGCCUCACAAGCGGCCCACUCCCUCACCGAGGAAGACGAGGCCGCACUCGCCCGAAGCUACUAAGAAUCUUUCCCUCAACGCGGCCAAAGUAAACUCCUUAAAAUAUAAACCGCGGACCGCAAGUCCUGAUAAAGUGCAGAAAACGCCAAGAGCCGGAAGUAAUGCUGCUGAAAUGGAUGAAUCCAGAAAAUGUCCUUUGAGUUACCGCACGCCAGACUUCUCCAAAGUGGAACCCAAGGUCCACUUCCCCAAAGAUGGUUACAGCCCCCCCAAGAGCAAACACCCCUCCAGGAGGGGGUCCUCGUCACCCGGGCUCCCCUUUGGGUUCAAGUCCGCCGUCGACAUCGUGAAAGAAGUCCUGCUGGAGACCAUCGACGGCUCUCUUAUCUCGUCGGACUCUUAUAAACCAACCAGUGGCCCCGACGCCACGGUGCCUCAGGAGUUCAGAUGCCACCAGCAGACCACCGCGCUGCUCGACCAACUACAGAUAGAGACCGGAACUGCAUCGUCUCAUCACUCUAAUUAUGGCUGUCGGAAACAAAACGUGCUGUUCUGUCACGAGAACAACUUAAUUGAGGACUACAACAGACUGCUGACUAAGUACGCCGAGGCGGAGAACACCAUCGAUCGCCUGCGCCUCCAAGCCAAGGUGAACCUGUACUCUGACCCUCCGAAGCCCGGCCACCUGGUGCAGUCGGGACUGAACCGGGACUCCUCCCCGGUCCUGACGCUGGACUUCACUCGGCCUCAGAGAGCCGAGUUCAGCUCGGCGUCUCUUCACCCGAACGGACCCGGCAACAAUCAGAGAAGUUCAUCUGCCACAAGAAGCCCGGACCCUCCGGUGGGAGAGCAGCUGGCCAAGAUUAUCUACAGCCAGGCCGACCGGUUCCUCCAGCAGAUGCAGAGUUUUAAAGAUCUCCUGAAGAGCAACAGACUCCUGCCUUCUGACCAGAUGAAGGCUCUCUCUCAGCUGGCUGAGGGCCUCAACUGUUUAGAAAGAGGCUACCUGUUAGCGAAGGAUGAACACAAAGUCCUGCUGCAGCGUGGGGCCCAAAUCAGCCCCUUUGACUCUGAACGGGAGCUAGAGGGUCUGAUCUUCCAAUGUGGGCUGUGUAUGGAGGAGCUGAAGGAGCAGGUGGGACAGAUGCAACAAGAGCAGCCCACCUGUGUGGCUCCUCCCUCUCCACCUCCUCGCCCCACGCCCUCACCUGUGUCCUCUGAGGGAGGAGAAACGCCGACUCACUCCACGCCGUCACCUGCCCCCUCUGAGGGAGGAGAAACGCCGACUCGCCCGCAGAGCCCUCCUGUGCCGUUGCUGGUUGACCCGGGCGAGGCAGCGGCGAUGGAGGUGAGCUCCGCCAGUGAAGAGAGUCCUGAAGAAGACGAGGAAACUCUUAACUCUCUCUACCUCAAACCUCUGAAUGGCAAAUACGGACUCGUCGAGCAAGACUUCACCACACUGACGGAUCACGACCAAAGCUUCAAGGAGCUUCCCAAAGUCCAAGACGGCAGCCAGAGGGGAGGAGCUUCCCUGUCUGCUGCCUUAAGAAGCGACAUGCCGCCCGCGGGCAGAGAGAGAGAAAGACCGAGUCACAGAACGGAGGACAGUCCUCCACAGAGGGAAGACAAAUCGGAGCAUCUGGACUCUCCUCCCGUCAAGCAGCAAGCCAGCAGGUCCAGUUCUCCUUCGCGCAGGGCCUCCGGCACACUGCGUCCUCUCGGGAGCAGAAGGAGGUCAAAGGUGGGCGAGUCCCACAGCUGCAGCCUGGGAGAGAUCACAGCGUUGGAGGAGAGGAACUCCAAACUCCAAACUGGGAGCAGCGGAGUGCUUUCUCAGGAUGGGAUCAUCUCUCCGGGGACGGACAGCGGGUGUGUCUGUUCAGAGAGCAGCCGGCUGACUCCAGCAGCCGCUCCCAGUCCUCUCCACCAGAGGGCGCCAGAGAGUGUUUCAGUGCCUCAGGAGGGGAACCUGGGUAAUCCUCAGAGAGUCCCAGUCCCCUCUCCCGCUUCGUCGUCGUCACGCAGUCGAGUGGCGACGGAGCCCUCAAGUGACGACCAGCAGCGGAGAACCCGGAGCGGGCCGAGGAGACGCACGUCCUCCUGCUCGCCGCAGCGCCGCCGCCGCCAGACGGAUCGACCCGCGGCCGACGAUGAGACCAGUGAGUCCGGGUUGGAAAGAGACGGAUCUCACACUGAAGACAGACACAAUCACCUGUACACAGAAUCUAUGGAUUCCCUCCGAAGCUCCUCCCCCGCUGGACGGCAUCCCCGUGGUCAGGUGGCCAAUCGCAACGGUGCGAUCCAGAAGCUGCAGGCCGAGGUGGCCAGACUCAGGGACAGAAUCGAAAUCUGUGUGAGAACGCCGCCGCCUCCGAGCCCCGUGAGAGCAGCGGCGUCGGGCCGCGACGACGCCUCCACGCCUCGCACCAGGUCUGGGCAGCGAUGGCGUGACGUCCGGGGAAGAAGAGACGGGCGGGCGGGGGAUGAGGUCGAGGCGACCGCGGCGAGGACGAGGACGAGGACGAGGACGCCGGACGUCUUGACGGCUUCAGAGCUCUGUUCCCCCGACCCUCGGCCUCUGGUGUCCCGUUGUACUCAAACAUCCGACGCAGCGCCGGGCGACCCAGAUGCUGAGCGCAGCAGAACACACCCCAGGCGGCAGCUCGGCGCGUCGGACACGGCAGAUGAACCCGACGGCCGAGGCCUCCGAGCUCCUCUUCGCCCCCGGUGUUCGUCACGUCACCGAGGGCGACCUGAGCUUGGCGGCGCCAGAGAGCCGGCCCACUCCUUUUGCACUCAUUGCUGUCUUCUCUGCGGACAUACGGAACCCUCCAUAACCCUCACGGAGCCAGAGCCGCCCGCCACGCGCUGCCACCCGCAGAGAGACGCCGGACACUUUGCAGUGGCAGCUUCUCCUGCACUGGUGCAGUACAUGCCAGUGUACCCGCCGCCACUCCUGAUGUACUCGUCGCCCCUCCAUGCGUCUCCCAGCCACAGCACGCCUUCAGGGGUCAGAGGUCGCCGGAAAAAGAAGGAAAGGACGAGACGCCUGCCGUCGCCCGACCGGCAGCACUCCGUGAGCAGCUCCCUGGACCGAGCCAUCGGAGCGGCGCAGCACAUGAAGGACACCUCCGGACACAUGGCCCGCUCUCUGGCCACCGGCGUGCAAUACCAGGAGCUGCUGACUCGGUCCUGCAGCUACCAGACGGCUCACUCCUCCCACCGGCAGCACAGGACGGGUCGCCUGAGGGCGGCGUCCUCGUCACCAGAAGGGACCGAGUGCAGGACCAGGGAAUCUUUUGAGUUGACCAUAACGAGCCAAAUAAAAGGUAAAAAAUGAAAAAAAACGUUCUUUAAUUUUACUUUAACCCAAAAAAUCUAGAGAUUUUUUAAUAUUUUUUCAAGAAAAGUCUCAAUGUAAUGGAAGCCAAUUUAUUAGACAGCCUUAGUACAUAUUCAGUACACAUGGAAGUAUUGUUUGUGCUUCAACACUCGCAAACAUACAAUCCCAAUAAGUUAAACAGUUUUAGGACAGACUAAUGCAUCACUAUUAUUUUUUUCCUCUGAUAAAUAAUGUUUAUAUAAAUCAAUUUGACAGAGUAAACCCUAUACAACAGCAAAUCAUAACAAUACAAAAUGAACACAGUCAAGCGUUUGCAUCACAGAAAACGCAUUAGUGCAAUUUACAACUUGUUUGGCUGGGAAAGGAGGGAGGAAAUAAAGAAAUAAAUGAAAGAAGAGUCUAUUUUUUUGCAAAGCUAUUCACAAUCGGAGGGUUUUGACGUUGCACCAGAGGAAAAAACGGGCAAAGAAAGUAUAGAUAUUAAGUUUGUUUUCCCAGUUGAGCGCUAACAGCUACGGCUAAAACGUCACAAACACGGCGGCUUCACAUCGACACAUUUGGAAAAAAGGAAAAAGUUUCACUACGUCACAGAAAUAUCACCAAUCAACAGUGAGACGCUAAAAACGGCAACAAUAUGGCACACACACACACACACACACACAACACUACUCAGUGCAUGGCCCAAUUAAACAUCGUUACUAACCAAUGAUAAGACUUUAAAUCUGACAGGAUACAAUACUGAAAUACAACUGGCCCUUUUUUUAGGAUUAUUCAUUAAAUAUCAGCAAGCAUUUUUCGACAUUUAAAACGUGAAGUUUUCUCCGAGGAAAGGAAAAAAGGACGUGGCAAGUAAAUACUUUACAGUCUGGCAGGCAGAGGAGGGGUGAGUUCUGGUUCUGGUUCUGGUUCUUUACUCUUUCAAUGUCUACUCAAACAAGCGGGGUUUCUUCUUCUUUCUUCUGUUUUUUUUUCACGAAUAUUUCAACAAAUGUAUUUUUUUGAGUAUGAGACGCUCAUUUUUCUGGCUUUGUGGGUGUGUCAAGGGGGCGUGGCUAGAUUACAUGUUAGUUAACACAAAAAAAUGUGAAUAAAUUAUCUGAACCGCU